AUGCCGGGAUACCCAAGCGGGGCCCUUUUCCUGCACCGCAGCUCGCCGCCUUGUCGUCAGCACGGCAAAGCGCGCCCUUAUCGCCUGCUCACGCAGUCGUGUGCCUUUCAGAGAGCCCAGGGGCAGGAUUACAGCCCCGGCCCCCCCGCCUGCCUGUACCUGGGCAGGCAGCAGCAGCCUCCUUCCCCCAGCGCCCUGGGGGCUCUGGAGCAAGGCAGCCCGCCAGACAUUUCGCCUUACGAGGUGCCCCCCAUCACGGAGGAUGCCGGGGUCUCCCACCUUCACCACCACCACCAUCACCACCCUCAACUUCCUCCUCCCCACCAGGACGCUCUGCCUUUCGCAGACGGGGGGGACACGGCGGGGAUAGAGGAGCCCCGGGGGCAGGUGCCUUUCGCCUGGAUGAAGUCCACCAAGUCGCACUCCUGGAAGGGACAGUGGACCGGGGGGUCCUACGUGGUGGAGCAGGAGGAGAACAAGAGGACGAGGACGGCGUACACCCGGGCGCAGCUGCUGGAGCUGGAGAAGGAGUUUCUCUUCAACAAGUACAUCUCUAGGCCGCGGCGGGUGGAGCUGGCCGUCAUGUUGAACUUGACCGAGAGGCACAUCAAGAUCUGGUUCCAGAACCGGCGGAUGAAGUGGAAGAAGGAAGAGGACAAAAAGCGAGGUGCGGGCAACAGCAACGACCCAGAGCAAGACUGUGUGGUGUCCUCCGGGGAGCUGCAGGGCAAGGAGGAUCUCCAGCCGUGCCCCCCCGGGAACCUGCCCUCGGGGGCCUCCAGGGACCUGCUCGCCCCCAGAAGGCAGCAGGACUCUCGGUGA